AUGCAGGAAUAUGUGUCAACUCAAGGACGUCAGGUAUUCAAAAGUAAGGAUGAAUUGCUCAACUGGGUACGUAAAGUUGGAAAGAGAAAUGGUUUGGUCAUUGUAAUCAAAACAUCAGACUAUGGUGGAGGGGAAAAAAGACCUAGGAUGUAUCUUGCUUGUGAGAGGAGUGGCCAAUAUAGAGCAACAAAGAAGUUAAAACACGAUGGCAACAAUACAUCUAGAAUAACCGGUACGAAGAAGUGUGGUUGUCCUUUUGAUAUGAGGGCUCACAGGUUUACCACACAUAAUGAAUGGACAUUGACCGUAGUAUGUGGAUUGCAUAAUCAUCCACCUGCGGAGCACCUUGAGGGACAUUCAUAUGCGAGGAGGCUAUCAAAGGAUGAGAAAGCAUUGUUAAUGGAUAUGUCAAAGAGCAUGGUUCGGCCAAAAGAAAUCCUAGUAACCUUGAAACAGCGAGAUGCCCUCAAUUAUGAGAGGGUCGAUAACUAUGCGUGGGUGUUAGCUACAUUGCGUGAUGUCAUGGAUGGGUUUGUUGUGCCAACAAUUAUUGUUACUGACAGAAAGCUAGCCUUGAUGAAUGCCAUACAGAAGAUAUUCCCGAGUGCCAGACAUUUAUUAUGUCGUUGGCAUAUCAGUAAGAAUGUGUUGACCAAAUGCAAGAAAAUGUUUGAGACACAGCAGAAAUGGGAGAAGUUCAACCAUGAGUGGAACUCUGUAGUGUAUUCAUCUUCUGAAAUUCAAUACGAUGAGCGUCUUAAAUCAUUACUUAAGGAAUUCAGUAGUUAUCCUGAUGCAGUCAAAUACGUCAUAGUUACUUGGUUGGUUCCUUACAAGGACAAAUUUGUGGCAUGGAUAGACAUGUGUAUGCAUUGUGGCAAUGUUACAACGAACCGGGAGCUACGGGGUAAUGUGUCUAUCUCUGCAUUGGAGUAUUUGCUUGUAGAGAGUAAGAGAGCCAAUUCCAUUGGUAUUGAUGAUGAAGCUUGUGGAUGCGUCCUUUGCCACACUCAUGGUUUACCUGGUGCCCAUGAGAUUGCUGACUACAUCAGACAAGAUCGUCCAAUACCACUUGCUACCAUACACUCACAGUGGAGGCAACUUCAUAUCUCCAUAUGCAAGAAAGAAGAGGAAACGGAGAUGACUUGUCCUGCAGAAGUAGAGUUGUUUGUGAACAAGUUUAAUGAAAGUGAUAGAACCAUGCAGUUGGAGCUUUUGAAGAAGUUGAAAGAGAUUGUAUAUUCGGGAAGCACUUUUCUUGUUAAGCCGGAGGGAAAUGAGAAGGUGAAUCCAAAAGGGAAAGUAUAUAUUACUAGAACAGUGAAACCUGGUGCAUAUGUUGAUGCUUUCCCUGCUGGGUUGAAACCAUACAUUAAGUUUGUCAAGGAUGUAGCUGCAGAUGGGAAUUGUGGUUUUAGGGCUAUAGCUGCUUCAAUUGGUCAUACAGAAGAUGAUUGGGCUCAGACAAUCCUGGAUACUCACAUUGGAUGA